AUGGGUAACUGCUGCCGCUGUUGCUCCCGCAGGGAAGAUGCGGCGGCGGUGGCGUUCGCAGAGCCGCCGUUGACACCGCGCCAGCGACUUCUUGCGGUAUUCGGCAGGCACGCCCCGCUUUGGUUGAAAGACGUUGACCACGUCAUACAAGACUACAAUAACGACGGCGAGCGUGCGCUGCGGUACUACAGCGCAGUGCUGGGUCCGGAGCCGACGCCCGAAGAGGCGAAGCAGUUGUACGCCACGUACUUGACGAAGGACGACAUCGUGCUGCGACAACGCGUGCACGAUCUGUUGCUGAAAUGUGACCCGACGCGGGUCGUGGAAUUGGAGUCCAUCAUGCGGGCGUACGAGGCGGAGCAGGCGGGGCGCGGCGAGAAGGCAACGGCGUCGGGGCUGAUCCAGCAACUGGAACAGCGUUACUCGGGGAGAUUGGCGAGGCACGGCGGCGGUGCGUCCUCGCGGCCGCGUGGUGCCGGGGAGGCGCUGCCCCCGCCGCUGCCGCUGCGGAGUGACGAGUGGUCGGCGAGGGAUGCGUGCAGCGCCACGCCGCCGCCGCCGCCGCUCUCCCCGCCAGCCCCGUCUCGCCUCUCACGACGUCCCGGGCGCUCAGUUGUGGGAAGGGCGGCGGCGCUCGGCGGGGAGGGCGGCGGCGACGAUGGCGAUGGGGUUCUUCGCGAGUUUGACGCCAUCCUCGCCCGCGCCCGCCGCGCCGAUGCGGCCGCGCUUCUCCCGUACAAACCCCCCGCACAACUCACCUCGGCGGCGGCGGGGGGACCGUGA